AUGUUUGGUGCUGAAGGUUCUCUCGUUGUCAAGACUGAGAUCCUCGGAGCGCCUCGUGUGGUCGAUCUGAGUGAUUCAGGAGAGGUGGAAGGAGAUGAAGAGGAAGGAAUGAAGAAAUGUGUCGACAUCAAGUCGGUGCCUACUGAGAGACACGUGACCCUCACCACCACCUACACCAGCAGCAAAGGACACCCUCGAAUGAGUGGACCCUUCUCUAGAACAACGCCUCAAAUGAUUGGGAACCCCUCUCUAGUGGAACCCCUCUCUAAGGACAACCCUCGAAUGAGUGGAACCCCUCUCUAA